AUGUCCCCCCCUUACUCCCGGCGCGAAUACGUCACUGAGAUACUCUGAUUUAAUUGGUUAUUUGUCCUGCCCAUUAUUGAAAAAAAGGGGGCGGGGUAAAUAGUGGAGCCCGUGACGCUUUUCAGAAAAAAACGAGAAGAAAAGAAAAAAAAAAAAAAAAAGAAAAAACUUGUUACAAGAUGGCGGCGGCGACCUGCCUGUACACUGGAAAACAAUAGAAACCAGCGGAGUGAGAGUAGAGUUUCAUUUGUUGCGCUUUUCUUUUCACCCCGGUUAACCGACACGGGGUCGGGGGACGUUGUUCCGGGGUCGCGGGUAAACUUUGAGCCCUGCGCGGUCGCUGAAAAGUGAUUUAUUUCGGCAUGCUUUGUUAUUAAGGCUAGCUUGUUAGCUUUGCUACAUCCGUAGCUUGGCUCGCGACUCUCUGGGCUGUAUAGAUUUAAUACGGAUCAGCUGUUAGCCUGCUAGCUAGAGAAGGGGGGAAAAAAGUUGUAAAAAGCGGAUUAAAUUGUGCUUUGGUGCUUUAAUGGCGGAGACCGUUUUUUUGUUGGGGUUUAAACCGGAUGGCUGGUUGUGUCAGAAAUGUUGCUCGUCUUAAAGUUUGAGGCUGCGAGAGGAGAGAGGGAAAUGAUUCAGCUGUGAGAGACAAAGUUGGAGGGGACAAGUCUUCAUCCCAAACCUCUUUACCGGAUCUUAGCGAGAUCAUUAAAUCUACUCAGUUGAUUUCUCAUCACGGCGAAUGAUCUCUCUAUCCAUCAGCUGUAAGUAAAACCGCAGUAUCUUCACUUUUCACCCAAGAAAAAAGUUUUUGCAGGGGGGAAAAACCCCGUGCUCAUCGCGUUACACUCUGCUGAAUUAUCCUGGAUGGAGUAUUUGUUUCUUCUGAUAUAAAGUUUGAUCUUUUAUCAUUGAGAUGCUCUGGAUGGUAGGGAAGUAUGCAUUAUAUACGUGUGUUCAUUUGUAGGGGCUGCAGCUCGGAGCUGGGUGUGAAUCGGUGAUCCGGUUUUUGUUUGUUUUUUAAAAUCGUGCGCGUUUUUGUUCAGAUUUUUGUUGUGAUUUGUGUAGGCGAGUUGGUGUGAGUUGUACGAGUGAGAAAAACUCAAACGCUUAACUAUGCGGGCUUUCCAGCACUCGAUGGGCAAAAAUGAAUGCAAUUGAGUGUGUUUGGUGAAAAGGAGGAAGGUGAAGAGGACGAGGGUCCGGGUCGCUCACACACUCAACUUAGUUAAAGCAAAAAAAAAAAAAAAAAAAAAAGUAGUAAAAAAAGUGCGCGGACAUUUUUUUUAAGAGGGAAAGAGAGCGAGCGCCUCGGUGUAAAAGGUGCGAGUGUGGUGAGGUGAAUCGCUAUGGCGGAUUAUGUGGUGUCGCGGCACACCGCGGUGAUGGAGCGGCUCCGGCGUCGCAUCGAGCUCUUCCGGCGUCAUCACAACAGCUGCGAGAGCCGCUACGACAACACGGCCAUGGAGCGCCUCGAGCUCGACCGGCAGCAGACGUACGCGCUGCACCAGCGCUGCCUCCAGACCAAAGCCAAGCGCUCCAACAAGCACCGGCAGCCGCAGACGGCGAGCGAGCAGGCGCCCCAGAGAAGCACCGCGAACGCGGAGAGCGCGGAAGGAGCUGGAGGAGGAGGAAGCGCGCCUGGAGAUCAGAGUCGCAACAGCACUCUGAUUGCGCUUCAAGAGACGGUAAAGAGGAAACUGGAGAACGCCAGCCCACCUGGUAGCCGUGACCCGGUAAAUGGGUUCAGUGAUGGUUACCCCCCAGCCAAAAAGUCAAGUCGAGAGGAUGCUUUGGGUAGUCUGAAAGGCUCAUCAAAUGGAGGCAUGCCCCCACUUUCACCCUUGGACACUAAGCAUGGUGUGACUGCUGACUUGGCACUGAACGGUGCUCCAGCAAUGGGUUCAGCAGAUCAAAACGGCAUCUCGCUCUCCGCGGAAUCUGACAUCCGUCUGAAGGAGAUGAAGCAGGAGCCCAUGGAUGACAUCUUGCCUACUAGUGGCGGUAACGGUAACAUCAUCCUGCCUGACCUCAACCUGAAUGAACAGGAAUGGACUGAGCUCAUGGAGGAGUUUAAUCGCUCUGUGCCUUAUGAAGAAAUCCAAGAGCUCUUCAACGAUGGCUUCGAGGACCGCAAGGAAUCCGAGGUGCCCUCUGGCCCUGUUGCACCUGCCAGCCUCCUCCCCGCAGAUCUUGCUGGUACGGUUAAGGCAGAGUAUUCCCCUGCACAGGCCUCCUCUGCCUUUGAACAGGACACGCGCACUGGGUCGCCGCACAUACCACCCACUUCAUCUGGGCCUCCGAUGCAUGCCAGCUCCCCAAUAAUGCCAUCAGCCUCUGCCUCCUCUCCUGUGCUGUCAGGACAUCAGCAUUCUCAGCAGCCUAGUCAGCCCAGGGCGAUCCAAAAUCACCUGUUGCCACCCAAAGACUUGUCGCCGGCACAACAGCUGCAGCAGCUAGCUGCUCGGGAGCAGCAAAGAGCGCAGCUCAUGCAAAACCAGCAGCACCAUGUCCAGAAACAGCAGAAACAGCAGCAGCAGCCGGCCCCCAAAUUUCACCAGCAGUCCAGUCAUCCCACCACUUGGCCGAGUGCUCCCCCUAAUCAGAGUCCACUUGGAGGUGGUGGGUUUGGCCUGGAGAAGCCCACUAGCCCCUCGCUCUACCCCCCAGACUUCCAGAAUCCAAAGUCCCUACUCAUGUCUGGCCAGCAGCCCACCAAGGGCUCUCCAAAAUCCACUGCCCCAGGAGCAUACAUGCAGCCCGGUGGACACCCAAUGUUGGGUCACGGGGGAGCUGCAUCUGCAAACCUCGGCCAUCAAGCAGCAUCUGGAGGACAGGCAGCCAUGUUGGAUUACAACAACACCAAACCGUUAAGCCACUUUGAGGCUGGAGCACCAAGAGGCCCUGCGAAUACACAGAGCCAGAAUAAAGCAGCAAUGCUCAACAUCAUGCGCCAGCAGCAGCAGCAGCAGCAGCAGCAGCAGCAGCAGCAGCAGCAGCAACAACAACAACAACAACAACAACAACAGCAGCAGCAGCAGCAGCAGCAACACCACCAGCAGCAGCAGCAGAUAAAGCCGAGGCCUGCUGCCAUGCCGUUCAGACCACCAACACAUCUGCCCCACUCGCAGGAGCCCGGUACUUUCCAGUCUGCCCCUCACGUUGCAGGUCCUGGCGGUCCCAUGGUAACGCAGCCGGGUGCCAGUAACAUGACAGCUAAUCAUAAUAAUGCAGCAUAUCUGAGCAGCCUGCAGAAGCAGCAGCAAAUACAGAUGCAGAAACAGUUCCUACAGAGACACUUAAUGGCCGAGCAGGAGAAACAGCGGCAGCAGCAGGAGCAACAGCUGCAGAGACACCUAACCCGUCCACCACCUCAGUACCAGGACCAGCAGAACCCAUCUACCCAGCAAAACCCAUUCCAGCAGCAGCCACAGGUCUCCCAGUUUCCAGGUUCAUCUCAGUCGAUGGGCAGCGUGGGCUCCAUUGGCGGCCCGGCUCCUGGCGUUCAACACAUGUUUCCUCAAAAUCAAAGCAUGAUGGGAAUUGGUCAGGGUGGAGGUUCUGCGCCAGGUGCUCCUUCGGCAGCCAGUCAGGCAGAUCUGAGCCUAUCAGCUUGUGCAGGUGGACUCGAGCCCCAGCAGGUUCUUUAUAGGACCAUUAAUAUGCACCCGUCCAACACGAACCAGCAAAGAAUAGCUGUUUCAGCGAUACAGAACUACAGGCACAACGUUCUAGCACAGCAGCAGGCCCAUCUUAAACAGCAGCAGCAGCAGAUGGCUCGUAUGCCCAAUGCUAUGGGUAACAACAUGAACUCCAUGCCCAGUUCAAUCCCCAACACCAUGACCAGCAAUAUCCAGGGUGCAAUGCCUCCGCAGGCCCAGUCAUGGCAGCAGCAGCAUCCUGGACUUCAGCAAGGUAUGGCUGGUCAGCCUAAUAGCAACAACAGUGCCUUACCUGCCGGCUUUCCGAACCCUGGUUUCCACAUGCAGCCCAGGAUGACCAAGCUGUCUACCAAUGCACCGUUCACCCAGGCUGGCUUGGGGAAUGGUGCAGCUGGCAGGCCCAUGGUGGCUAUGAACCCAGGGCAAAUGAUGCCCAACAUGGCUCAGCAGAGAGCCAAUAGUGCCACCCUGGGACAGCAGCAGCCUCAGCAAGGACAGCCUGCACCUCCUCAGUCACAGCAGGUGCUGCCCGAUCUGGGGCCGUUCGGGCAGCCACAGGGUGGUCAGGUGCCUAAUCGCACCGCAGGCAUGCAGUGCAGCCAACCUUACCAGGUCAACCGGACACCCAGUCAACAGAUGCCUUUUGGCUACAACACCCAGUCAGCCGGCAGCUUACCCAGCUUUCCAGGGGAGAGCGAACUGGUGGACUCGUUUUUGAAGAACCAGUCCACGCAGGAAUGGAUGGACGACCUGGACGAGCUGUUGGCCAGUCAUCAGUGAUCGGCACUCAUCCCCAAAUGAUUUGGACAUUACUGUUUAGAACUGCUGUACUCGGUGUAGGUGUGUAUGAUAAAAGGAGUAUUAGGCACGACCUGUGUGUAUUAAGUAUUCUGAGGGCUUUCAUAAAGAUGUGUGAAGCGACAAGAAAGAAAGAAAAAAAGAAAUCUACUACUGAUCCUGUGGCUCAGUACUAAAACCACUGAAUCAAACCCAAAUUUGAUGGGUCAACACGCACACGAAUACACACACUGCUUUUAUUCGCCUUUUUGCUGUCAAGGCUACAUCCAUUUGCCAGAAUUGGCACCUAUAUGCCUUAAAAGCAUAUAAAGAAUCCGUGUAUUUGAGAUGUUCAUGGUUUUGAGACCAUAAACCUAUACUGACGAUCAUAGCCAGCUUCCUCACUUCUUUCCCAAAAUUCCCAAAUGCCUUAGUCCUGAAUCUGUGACCAUGAAUCUAACAAUCUUUCUCUUGUUCAGGGUAUUCAUUUGGAAGUGGAGUUAUGAAAUUUCUGCUUUGUCAGAAUUCAGUGAAAUCGAGCAUGCUGAAUUUGGCGUUUGUUCUGUUGGAAGUGAUCGUCUGAUGAGUCAGCUUUAUGCUAAAACACUAAAAUGGAUGAUGACACCAUUUCUGUUCCUGACACUAAAUCAAAUGUCUCUUCUCUUUUUUUUUUCCCCUUCAAUUAUUCGUAACCAAUCAAAUGGGGUAAAGGGGUGUCAUCCAUUUUUUCUUUUUCUUACACAAAUCAGAAACUUCCCAAUGCUUCCCUUUGCUGUGUUUGUUAAAUUGGGGUAGAUCAAAUGUUCCACCCUGGGAAAUGUGUAUGCGCGUGUGUGUGCAUGGGUCUCGGUUGACCUAUGGCUUAUCUGUCCGCAUCGAGGAGCAAGUUUAUUUCAGUAUCUGACAGGGCCUUGUUUAUUUAUAUAUAUUUUUUUGUAUGUAUGCAUUUCUUAAUGUUCUCAAGAAGAUAGAUCUUAUUUUUAUAUGUACAUGGUUGCGAAUUUUGUAAGUAUUUUAUACUUUUUAUUAUUGUUCUCUGCAAAAAAAAUGAGUAUUAUGUAAAUAUAGUUCUCUAGAAACA